AUGGAACUUCACUUGUUCGCUGAUGCAUCGCAGAGAGCCAUGGCAGCCGUUGCAUAUCUUAAAUGUCAGCGAAAGAAUGAAGUGAAAGUGUCUCUGUUGAUGAACAAGACGCAAGUGGCCCCUUUAAAGAAAAUGUCAGUUCCACGGUUGGAACUACAAGCUUGUCUGAUGGCAGUACGUUUGGCAGAAUUUAUCGUGAAGCAAAUGGAAUUUAAGACUGUCAAAGUAGUUUUCUGGUCAGACAGCACUGUGGCUUUAUCAUGGAUAAAGAUGGAAAGCCGUGUCCUGAAGGAGUUCGUGGCCAAUCGAGUAGCGACCAUUCAAGAGAAAACUGAAGGAUGUCAGUGGCAUCACGUAUCGGGCCAAGAUAAUCCAGCGGACUUAGCAUCGAGAGGCGUUGACUUACGAGAGCUUUUGAAACCAGAUAAUAUAUGGUUUUCUGGUCCUGGUUUCCUUCGUUCAGAUGAAUACACUGAAAGUUCGUUGAAACCAGACGAGAAGCUGAUUGAAGCUGAGAAGAAGAAAGUCACACGGCAUUGUCAUGUCCAGAGUUUCGUAGGAGAAGAAUUCUUGAAAGUUGAAGAUUUCUCAACAUUUCACAAGUUGAGAAAAAGAGUUGCCUUCCUUCGACGUCCUUUCCGCAAUUGGCGAUUGAAGAAAUCAAAACGUCUCACGAAGCCUACGACCAGAAGUGCAAUGAAAAAGAAAGACAUCCAGCAUCCUAUAGAACCAUUAAGCGCGGACGAACUUCGAGAAGCAGAAAUUUGGCUUUUGAGACGAGACCAAAGCAUAUGUUUCGCGAAGGAAAUUACUGUCCUUGAAAAACAGCAAACUGGCUUGGGAAAAACGAAGACAAGGAAGAUGUUGGUCCCAAAAUCGUCUCCGUUAUAUUCUCUUUCUCCGUUCAUGGACGAUGAAGGUCUGGUACGUUUGGGUGGACGUCUUGAGAGAUCACCUCUUUCAUAUGAUUGUCGACAUCCGAUUAUUUUGGGAAAAGGAUCACAUCUAGCUGCUCUUCUAAUCAGAAGGUCUCACGAAGAGGUGAAGCAUUUUGGAGUAAACACAGUACUCUGUAACCUGAGGCAGCGGUAUUGGCCAAUAAGAGGAAGGGAACAAGUGAAGAAGAUCUUAUCGAGCUGUGUCUUAUGCAAGAAAUGGCGUGGUAAUCCUGGUGUUCAAUUCAUGGCUGAUCUUCCUGCAUCGAGAGUUGACUUCCCAAACCCACCAUUUACCUUGACAGGCGUUGAUUAUUUUGGGCCUAUAACCACCAAAGCUGGCUUUAGAGAAGGUCGACGAGAAAAGAGAUACGGAGUCGUGUUUACAUGUCUACAAACACGCGCUGUUCACCUUGAAGUUGCCCAAUCCCUAUCAACUGAUGAUUUCUUGAAGGUUUUUUCUCGAUUUGUCGCCAGAAGAUCGAAACCGAAAAGGAUGUUUUCAGACCAGGGGACCAAUUUCGUUGGAGCAGAGAGAGAAAUGCGCCAGUUAGUAAAAGAAUUAUGCAAUGAUGUCGUUCUAAAGACGAAGCUACAACAAGAAGGCUUGGAUUGGAAUUUCAAUCCUCCUUUUGCUCCUCACAUGGGAGGAGCCUGGGAAGCCAUGGUAAAACUGGCAAAACGUGCGAUAACAGCUACAACAAACGGAGCUCAACUCACAGAUGAUGAACUUUCCACCGUUGCAGCUGAAUGCGAAGCCAUGUUGAAUAAUCGUCCGUUGACGUAUGUAGGAAGUGAUCCAGAUGACGUAGAGCCUCUGACCCCCGCGCAUUUCUUAACUGCAGGACAGUUAAUGCCAUUGCUGCCGAGCGAAAUCCAAGUUGAUGAAGUCUCACCAAAACGGCGUUGGCUUUUUCUACAGUCCAUCAUGUCAAAGAUUUGGAAAAGGUGGCAGAAAGAAUAUCUGCCUUGCCUUCAACGACGGCCAAAAUGGAAUCAAACAGUACGAAAUUUGGAACCUGGUGACUUAGUGUUAAUAUUGGACCCAAAUCAGCCAAGAGGACGGUGGCUAAGGGGCAAAAUUGAAGAAACAUUUCCAGACGACCGAAACGUUGUGCGAUCAGCCAAAGUCUUAACUCAGAAUGGAGUAUUACACAGACCUGUGACUAAACUUAUACUCUUAUUAAGAGAACAUUAA